GUGAAAGUUGUAAGCGGCUAGUUGAAUGCUGCGUUACUUCGUAAUGCCGAUAAUUUGAUUCUGUUUACUAUGUUGGGGAAGUAUCUACAGUUUAUGUACUUUGUCUUCUUGUGUUCCACACACCUUUGCAGUGGUGAUAAGAAUACAUCAGUAGUUUAUGCUGUCAAAAACUGUGUCUUGUCAGAAAACGCUUCAUUUCUUCAUGGAAUUGUUGGGCAUUUAUUCUCCGAUGAGUCUGACGAAAAAGCGGACUAUUAUUUUAGCGUUUGUGGUUUCAAAACAGAGGAAAACUCAUCAGUGUCAUUAAAUCAAUCCAUCAUCACAGUUAGUGAAGCCAGUGUUGUAGAAUUAGGAUCGUUCAGUAAUUUUACCAUUUCUAACAAAGGUGAUCGGCAUCUGGUAAGGUUCAAUGAUUCAGAGAUUAUAACAGACUUAAUUCUUGGGUGUGGUAGUAUGGCCGCCUUUCAUCUCAUCAGUCAUGAAAACGAUAAGUCCUACAGUUUUGAUUUGUUCCAUCCUAGUCUUUGUUCUGCUCAACAACCCACGAAAUAUACUUUCACUGUCAUUCUUGUAUGCUGUUUAGCUUUCAUUGUUGGAUAUUGUGUGUUAAGUUCUUUAAUAAAGAGAUACUUAUAUGGACGACCGUGGCAUCAAUCUGUUCCAUUCACCAAUACCUUUGAACAUUUGAAAAAUCGAUUUCAGUUUCAUUUAGUGGCAUACUAUCUACUUAGUACUCUAUGUUUAAAGACAUCAACUGGAAAUCUUCAUUUAACUUGUGCUUACAGUUUUUUGAUACCAAUUGGGAGCAUUGUACCGUUUCAAAGAAAACUAUCCUACAAAUAUUUGAACCUGAGUUACUCAGUGUUGAAACUGGAGACUUUACUAUUAAUCUUAUGUCACAUCGCUUAGCGCUGAUCAUACUGUAUUCUUAAAUCAAUCAAAUCCAGUCAAUAUAGAACUAGUUCAUCCUAUAGAUGACCAUUACAUGGUUAUAAAAUAUAAUUUAUCCAUAUUUACUAAUAGUUUUGAAUGGAAAUAAUUCCUUAGAUAUUGCACAAAGCAGAUAAAAUUAAAAUCAACAGAUACGGUCUUGUGCCUAUUCGUUCAUUAUAACGCUGUUAUCAAAGUAUGUUUAAACAUGAUUCAAUGGUUCUCGCGCCUAAGUCAGUUGCAAUCUACUUAAUUCGUUCUGUGCCGUUAAGUAACGUAAUUUUUCUCAGCAUACGCUCAUUCUAAAUUAUAGUUCAGUAUACGACCUUGUACCAUAUGCAUUCGAAACCAUGAUGAUCGCCAAGAAAAUUCAACUUAAUAACUACUUCUAGUCCUAUGUAAACAGAUUUUACAAACGUUACUUAUACUAAUCAGUUGGUCUUAUCAUUAUUCCAUAACUGACAGAUGUUUUUAGGGAUAAUAAUAUAAUGAUAGUUGCAACAAA